AUGGGUAGUGAACAAAACACUGCGUCGCACGUACAAGAUCAUACCUCAUCACGAUGUCCCUGUCGCCCUAUGCAACGCCGGGCUCACCAGAAAUCUCGCAACGGAUGUCGCAAUUGUAAACGUCGUAGAGUCAAGUGCGAUGAGGGAAAACCGAGCUGUAGCAAUUGUAUCCGCUUUCCGUUGCCCUGCGACUUCAGUGUCGAUCAGAUUGCCUCAAACAACAUCGUCCCAGAAGUUCCAAAUGCCUUACCUGUCGUAACCACAACCCUCGCUCGAAGACGUGGCCGGCCUCUCAAGAUUGAUAAGUGGAUUCUAAAUUCCGAAGCCUCCGGCCACAGAACUAUCGCGGAGCCAAGGCUUUAUUUUCCGAUGCCAAAAAAGAUUGCGGAUCCAUCGCCGCCCCUGAACACCAAAGACCUGGAGCUAUUACACCAUUACAUCACAAAUACUUCGCUCACGCUCGGGGAUGAUAUAGUCCUUUGGCGUGAUAAAGUCCCGCGACUUGCUUUCGAGUACCCCUAUGUCCUCCGACUCCUUCUCGCGAUGUCUGCUCUGCAUCAGACACGACUCCACGCUCAUGAUUCCCUUGUUAGCCAACAACUUGCCACUGCCCACCACAACAUGGCCUUACGCGAAGUGACCGGGUUGCUUCCCGCCAUCAGUGGCAAGGACUGCUCAGCAUUGUACAUCGCCACGGUGCUGAUAUGCAACUAUCACUUUGCAAAACCACCAGUAAUUGACAAUGAAUCAGACAUGGUUGAGGAGAUAGGUAUUGCCUGGUGGUAUGUCUUUCGAGGCGUGCGCUAUGUUGUAGAGUCAAUGGGAAUGGAAGCUAUAUUUUCUGGCCAUAUCGGCCCGUUCCCUCCAGAAACAUCUGGAGGAGGCCCAACUGAUCCACUGAAGGAAAUUGUCGACAAUGGGUACAUUCCAUGGGAGAGACCAUUGGCCAAUCUGGCAGUCUUGUUCUCCAGUUCCAACACACUAGGCUCGGAGAGUUUGGUAGUGGCUUCAGAGGCGUUGAUAGACUGCUACCGCGAGGUGUAUGGCACCGCCGACAAGCCAGAAUAUCGAACGCAUGGUAAAACACAUGUUGUUAUGCGUUGGCCGUGGGUUCUCGAAGAUGACUUCGUAGGCAAAGUGCAAAACCUGGUACCGGAAGCCUUAAUACUGCUUGCCUACUUUGCCGUUUUAGUACAAACGCUAGAACGCUUCUGGUAUAUGAAAGGAUGGGCCCAACAUAUGAUAAUGGGCAUUGAGAAGAAGCUUGAUCCGGCCUACCUUCAAUGGAUACAGUGGCCUCGAAACCAAAUAGGACUGGAACGUACAGUUUAG